CGCAUUUCCGAGUUGCCAUGAACGCAGCAUUUCGACUUGUUGCUCUUCAGAGUUGCACCUCCUUUUCUCCUCCCUUCUCUUCUCUAUAUAUAUCUCAGCUGCAGCUGUACCACCGAUCCUCAGCUGAGUGAGUGUUACACGCAGGGUAUCAGCAUGGCUUCUAAUCGGGUUAUCGUGUACGGUGGGAAAGGCGCUCUGGGCUCCAAGUGUGUUCAGUAUUUCAAAUCCAAAGGAUGGUGGGUCGCCAGCAUCGAUAUGGCUGCUAAUGAGGAGGCAAACGAAAACGUGAUAGUGAAGUUGUGCGACUCUUUCACCGAGCAGGCUGGGCAGGUGACGGCAGAUGUGGCCCAGUUGCUGGGGGAACAGAAGGUUGAUGCUAUCUUGUGUGUGGCAGGCGGCUGGGCGGGAGGAAACUGUAGUUCCAAAGAUUUCUACAAAAACACAGAUUUGAUGUGGAAACAAAGCGUGUGGACGUCCACCAUCUCCAGCCACCUUGCUGCUCAGCACCUAAAAUCUGGAGGACUGUUGACUUUAUCUGGAGCGAAAGCCGCCCAGUCCGGCACCGGAGGCAUGAUGGGAUAUGGCAUGGCCAAAGCUGCCGUCCACCAGCUGUGUCAGAGUCUGGCAGCCAAAAACAGUGGGAUGCCACCAGAUGCUGCAGCUGUUGCUAUCUUACCCGUUACCUUGGAUACGCCAAUGAACAGGAAGUUCAUGCCUAACGCAGACUUCAGCUCAUGGACACCGCUGGACUACAUUGCACAGAUGUUCUUCGGCUGGGCCACAGGGGAGAACCGGCCAGCUUCAGGAAGCCUGAUGCAGCUCCUAACCUCUGGAGGAGAUACACAGGCUGUGGCCAGUCUGUAAAGAACGGAGCAAAGCUGUGGCAAUGUGGAGGGGGAGUCAGAGAUGGAGGUAGUAGAGGAGGGAGGAAUAGAAACAGAAGGCGUAAUGGGGAAGACAGAAGGUGACAGAAUAAGGAACGUGUACAGGAGAUGGCCAGAUGGGUGUAUUGUGGGGGAAGAGGGGAGUGGGUUUUGUUACAAACACUGCCUCACACCGCCAUCUAGCUGUUGUUUACCACAGCUUUUACCCUGUAACAGGCAAUCUGACUGAGAGGUCUUCUGUAAUGGAAAUAAACUGCUCACCAAAGGACCAUUAAGACACAAAGUUUCAUUCAAUGUUCAGUCUUGUGUAAUUGUGCUGAAUUAGAAGCAUGCCAACAUGUUGGUCAAUCAUUUUAGAGAGGCUGGUGUGAAAACAGGAGAUAAAGAUGACCUAUGUUGGUGAACCCAAAACAUUUGUGAUGUCAGUUAUGGUGGUAUUAAUACACUUUUCUGAAAAACUGAUAAAAUUUAAAAAGAUGUCCUCAUAUGUGUGAAGCCAUUCAUUCUUUCAUUCAACGUGUGCCCAGUAUCAAUUGUAAGAAAUUAUGAUGUGAUCCUUCAUUGUCUCCGAAGAGCCUCAGCCUCUGCAGAACCUCAAGGAACAAAGAAAAUAUGGAGUGGCCUUAAACUUUAGUUUGUAGCCUCCAAGUGUCCUUUGUGCCCAUCAUGUUAAAGAUGGUGCUCUGAUCCUGCUGUGAGUUCUCCUAAAUGUUGUCUUGUUACAGUUGGAAUUCACAAUAAACUGGGUCAAAAAUCAA